AUGAAAUUCAGCAUUGAAAAAGCUGCAUUUACCAUUAGCCAAGGUGGCAGGGGCAAGAAUUUAUUCUUGGAAGCUCACAAGUAUUUGGAUAACCUUGGCUUUGAUAAGUCGAGCCUGGGACAGUGGGCAAAAGCCACUCAGUCACAUACGUACACUUUAAAGAAACUAUUAAUAUGUAUUUGGUUGAACCAAGCAAUAAAAGGAGCCAGAGAUCGUGGUGGUAAUUCAAUACAAAAUGCUCACCUCCUCACUCUGUUUCAUCGACUCUGCAAGUUGCUGUUUUUCCGAAUUCGGCCGGUCUUUGUUUUUGAUGGAGAGGCACCGCUUCUGAAGAGACAAACCUUGGCUAAGCGAAGGCAUAGAAAGGAAGUUGCAGCCAGUGAUUCCAGGAGAACUACAGAGAAGCUCUUGAAAACAUUUUUGAAGAGACAAGUUAUCAAAACUGCUCUUACAGGCAAAAGGCAAAGCAAUGAAGCUUUGCCCAGUAUUACACAAGUUCGAAGAGAAGAAAUUGAUGAUAUGUAUGUGUUGCCUUCUUUACAGGACGAAGAGAAGAACAGCUCCGAGGAGGAAGAUGAAAAAGAAUGGGAAGUGAGAAUGAGCCAAAAAAAGAUGUUGCAGGAAGAGUUAUGUGAAAAUCCUCAUUCUGUAGAUAUUGAAUCGGAAGAUUUCAACAAGCUGCCUCCAGAAAUAAAACAUGAGAUCUUGACUGAUAUGAAAGAAUUCACAAAGCGCAAAAGAACAUUAUUUGAAGCAAUGCCAGAGGAGUCAGAUGACUUUUCCCAGUACCAGCUUAGGGGUUUGCUUAAGAAAAGCAACCUCAAUCGAUGCAUAGAAAAUGUACAAAAAGAAAUGAAUCAACAGCACUCGGGUGAAAUCCAAACACAGUAUGAAAAUGAAGGUGGCUUUGUGAAAGAAGUGGAAUCUAGGAGGGUAGUCUCUGAAGAUACUUCUCACUAUAUCCUAAUAAAAGGUAUUCAAGCAAAAGAAUCUACAAUUAGAGACGUGGAAACUACUGCAGGACCCUCAUCAAAGUUGCUUGAACUUAUUAAGUUGGAUAAAAUCAGUGAAUCUCCUGCUAAUGCAAAGCCGGCUGCAUCUGAUGGGCUGCAGACAGAGAAAGACAGCGAUGUGGUGACAGCACCACCCUCUCCUCGGACUUUGCUUGCUAUCCAGGCAGCUAUGGCAGAAAGCAGUUCAGAAGAAGAACUGGGGGAUGAGGGUACAGGACAAUUGGACGUGGACCGCUCUGUAACUGAGGAAGGCGGCAUGUCUCCAAGAACAGUGCAGGCAAUUCAGCAAGCUCUGAGUGCUGAUGAUAAAAGGGAGGAAGUUGUUACUGUUAGACCUGAUGGAGUGCGACCAGCAAGAUCGGAAGUGAAGGAUUUUCUGCUUAGUAGCUCAGAUGAGGAAGAUCAGAAUCCUGAAGUUAAGGAAGGAAAAAAAAUACCUACAGCUACAAUUCAUUCGUCAAACCGAGUGAUAAUGCAAGACACUGAAUUUGAACAGAAGAGUCAGGAGUUGGAAAAAAAUUGUAUUACACACAAAGACACCAGUGUAUCCAGAGCUGAAAAUUGUUCUUAUGUUGACAAUAUUGGCAAUAGCAAAGAAGAUGUUGGCAAAGAAGAUGUAGACAAAGAAGAAAAAGGUUCCAAAAUUGACUUAAAUUCUUUGGGAGAUAGGGAUAUAAACUUGUGCAUGCAGAAGCCAAGCUGUUCACCUGUACAAAUUAGUAUAGGGGCUAUGAUUUGUGCUGAAACAACAGACCUUUCUAAAAAUGAGGAAAACUUGAAAAUUUCUGAAAAUACGGAAGACAUAGUUUCACAGACAGAAGAGGAUAUGUCUGACGUACAAAAGGAUGCUAUGUUUUUUCCAGAAGUAAAAAGCGCUGAAGAGGAAAUAGAAGGGAUAUCAGAGUCUGAAGACAGUGAUUCUGAUGGAAGCUUUAUUGAAGUGGCUCCUGAAAUCAGUAAUGAGGCUGAGCUUCCUACCAAAUAUGAUGAAAAAACGUGUGAUGAAACAGCACUUCCAGAAAUUGAGACAGACAGAUGCGAUAUUGUCACACAGGACUUGCUGAAGGAGUCUGAUGACGUGCAGUUGGCAAACGAUCAGGGUGUUGAAAGGGAAGAUGAUGGUAAAGAUGCAGCAGAUGAGUGGCAAGACAUCAGUUUGGAAGAACUAGAAGGAUUAGAAAAUGACCUUUCUGCUGAGCAGAAUAUGCUUCAGGCUCGAAAACAGCAGCAGGAACGCGUUGCUGCUUCUGUAACGGGACAGAUGUUCUUGGAAAGCCAGGAGCUUCUGCGUCUGUUUGGCAUUCCAUAUAUUGAAGCUCCGAUGGAGGCAGAGGCGCAGUGUGCUAUCUUGGACCUUACUGAUCAGACCUCUGGGACAAUCACUGAUGAUAGUGAUGUCUGGUUAUUUGGCGCACGACACGUUUAUAAAAAUUUCUUCAGUCAAAACAAAUAUGUGGAAUAUUACCAGUAUAUUGAUUUUCAAAACCAGCUAGGGUUGGAUCGAAGCAAGCUAAUUAAUUUGGCAUACUUGCUUGGAAGUGACUACACUGAGGGUAUCCCAAAUGUUGGUUUUGUAACAGCAAUGGAGAUUUUAAAUGAAUUUCCGGGGCACGGAUUGGAACCUCUCUUAAAAUUUGCUGAGUGGUGGAAUGAGGCUCAGAAGAAUAAGAAAUUGAGACCUAACCCGCAAGAUACCAAAGUCAAGAAGAAGCUGCGGGAGCUGCAACUUGCUUCAGGUUUCCCAAAUCCAGCAGUGGCAGAAGCAUACCUGAAGCCUGUGGUGGACGAGACAAGGGGUUCGUUCACCUGGGGGAAGCCUGAUGUUGAACAGAUCAGAGAAUUCUGUCAGGAUCACUUUGGCUGGACUAGGACAAAGAUAGAUGAAAUCCUUUUGCCUGUGAUAAAACAGCUGAACUUGCAGCAGACUCAGCUUCGAAUUGAUUCGUUCUUCAGAUUGGCACAGCAUGAAAAACUAGCCAUUAAAAGUCAGAGACUACGCAGAGCUGUGACUUGUCUGAAGAGAAAGGAAAAAGAAGAAGCCGAUGAAAUUGAGGAGGCUACUGCUGUUAUGGAGAUUGAACUUAAACAGCAUGAGGAGAGGAAAGGGCAAAGUACUGCAGGUGGCACAAACCGUCAAGCUGUGGCAGCAGAAGUCCGAAGUGGAAAGAGAAGAAAACAUUCAGAUUCCAGAGAAGAACAUUUAUAUGGAGGUGGUUUUAUGGGGAAUUUGCAUCUUUCAGAAACUUCUAGUGACUCCUCAGUAGAGGAAUCGGAAAGCAGAGUUUUAGGCAGGAGCAAAAGGAGUGGACAUGUCUCUGCAAUGGAGACAGCAGACCAUAAAGAGAAAAAGGGGUGCAGUAGCUCGAGUGGUGAGGAUGAAGAACUGGGAAAUGUAGUCAUGGUGACUGCCAAACCUGUGUUUGAGGGCAGAAGAAAGAAAUCACAGAGUAAGAGAGGAAGAAAAAAGAAAAAGUCUUAA